GAUAGUAACCGAUAACCAAUCGUAUUAUUUUAGGGCCGGAUAAAUAAACAAAAUAUUGUAAAGUAAAUGUUAUACAUAGGUUUUUAAGGGGAAUAAACAUGCAAACGGAGCACUGGGGCUCCCUGCCCGCAGAGGACGACGGUGUCCAACUAACACCGGACAAAUACGUUCCCACGGCGGCCAAGAAACCCAAGCUGGACGAGAUUCGUCUGCGCGGCGAUCCGCAACCGGAUGAAAAACACCACAAGGUGGAACUGAAAAGCGCGCUGGUUACCCAGACCAUCGAGGUGAUGAAGCAAACCGAAGUUCUGCAGUCCCUCAUCGAAACGUACUCCAAUAAAAAUGGAAGUUCUAACUACCUCUUGAAUCCCUGCCUCAUGAUACCGGAAGUGGACUUUCCGCCAGAGAACGCCGCCGAACUGGUGGGCAGCCAAAAGUUCCAGAAGCCCAUCUGGUUUACACCCUCCGUGGACACAGCCUACUCCCGCGGGGAUCCGCAGGCGUAUCCGGAGAUCUCCAGCAGUGCCUGCCGCCAGGCGAUGCGCAAGGUGAUGUGCGGCAUGCUGCGCCUGGCCGGCUUCACCGACUGUUCCGAAUCGGCGGUGCAGCUGUUGACGGAUGCCACCGAGGAGUUCCUGCGCAGCUUCAUCGGCGAGUAUCGCGGCUACUAUGACAGUCAGCCACGGCUGCAAAAGUCCACGGUGCUGCAGCUUGUGCCCCUAGAGCGCGCCCAUGUUGCCCUAACGGGCACCUCGCUCACCCAGGUGCACAACUACUACAAGCACAAGGUGCUGGCCAGGAAUCGCGUCGAGAUCGGCGAGUUCAAUAGCGUGCUGCAGGAGUACGACAAACUGAUGAAGGAGAGCCAGAGCAGCAUGCAGAAGCAGCACAACGAGUUCAAUGGCCACGACUUCCUCAACAUCCUGGACAACAGCGCCACCGGCAGCAGCCAGAGCAUAGGCGGCAAUUUGGCCAUGGGCGAUAUGCUGCAGGAUCUCGGCGGAAGCACGGGCUCCAGUGGCACAGUCAGCUCUCAGCAGAUGCUGUACGGCCUGCUCGAUGGCCAAAUAUCGUCCAAUACCUCCAACAUGACCGGGACCAGUGGCAAUGGCAGCACGGGCGGCAAUGGAAAUGGCAAUGGCGCCACGGUUAGCAACUUUCACGCCACUUUUGAGACGUGAUUUUUAAAAUUGUUACGAUAUUUUCAUUACUUUAAGCUCAAAUUAUUAUUAGAUUGUUCAAUGUGUCCCAUAUUUAUAUAAUUCUCACCGGGAGCAAAUAUCUCACACGGAUAUAUCCCUAGUAAUCAAAUCUUUCAAAUUUUUUAUAAAACGACUAAGAUCUCUAGGCUUAAGCUAAGAUCAAUUCUUAGAAAACGUACUCAUUAAAUAGCUUUAACUACU